AUGGACGACACUGAAAGUACUACAACGUCUGCUGAUGAGAAUACUGGUAAUUUGUGCGACAAUCCCACUCGGGAUACUUUGGCAGAAGGCUUGCUUGGGCUUUUGAAACCUACUGUAGACCAACUUGACGACAGAGUUAGGGCUACGAGGAUAUCUCAAUUGGAAUUAAAGCAGCAGAUAGACUCAUUGAAUGAGGAGCUGCAGAAUGUGCGCGAGGCUCUAAACAAUCAUCCUGACUUAGACCCGUAUGUGAAGAAGCUGAUAUCUUGCAAGCACAAGGUUACUGUGGUGCUCAAUGUGCUGCAGGCUUCACAGGAUAGACUCAAUGAAAUAAGACGAAUGGUGAGCAAGGAGAAGAGUGUACGCACAACUGUACUGCCGGAGCAGCCACCUCAGGAACCAGAACAGAGCACCAGCGCAGUGGUCACAGACAGAGGAAGCAUAAAUUGA